AUGACUAUGAGUUCACAAAGGAUAAGUGACCAAGUUAGAGUGAUCCGUUCAAGAAAAUUUCUAUCUGAAGUGGAAACAGAAAAUAUCAAAAUAGUAGUAUCUGAACGAUUAGGAAUGGUGCAAAUUGAAAAUGAAGAGCAGCCAACAGAACCUUUUCUAGAAAGAUCGAUGGCAAUAGAGGCAGCUCCUCCAGAAGAAGAAGACAAAGACAUUGACAAACUAGGGGAAUCAUUAUUAUCCCAGCAUGUGAUUUAUGAGGGGAUACCGCUUGAUGAUAGACCAAUCCUCUCAAAGAUUCCCUAUAGCUUCAAAUCACGGUUGACUGUGAAUCGGGUUAAUGAGGCUCUGAGUAGAAUUAUUGUAGAUUACCCAGAAAUGACUGUCGAAGCUGUUUGUCAUUGGGCCUAUGUUGCAGCUAGUGUCAUUAUUAUUGAACUUGGCUUGGAAAAACAUGGAAAAAAGAAAGAUAAAAAUCAUACAAAACUUCCACGCUGGCAGAGAAGAUUGCAAAAUAAAAUAGCUUCGCUCAGGGCAAAUAUUGGAGUCAUAACGAGUUAUAUCAGGAACCCCGUUGGAGCAAAACAGAGAGCCGUGUCUCCUAAGCACUCCUGUUCUCCUAAUACCAAACUGGUGAAAACUUGA